AGAGUCAACAAAUACCUUGAAGCCGUGGACAAAGCCCCUACAGACCCCAACGCAGCAGGAAGCCGCCUCUUCCUAAUAGCCUAUACUGCAGCAAAAAUGUAUUUACCUCCAUACCAGUUUCCGACUCUAUGCAAGGUCAUAUCCGAAAUGGGGGUGGAUAUAGGGAAGAGACACCAUACUCGAGAGGGUUUCGUUAGAAUGACCUCUUUUAUCGCCAAUAAUAUGAGACAAACGCUGAUUAAUUACAUCAGAGUGAACCAGUCUCCAUUUUCGUUGCUGGCUGACACCACUACGGAUCCCGAUAGCAAGCAAGUAUUGCUUCUCUUCGUCCGCUUUCCCGAUCGGAUAUCGCUGCAUCCAACGACACACUUCCUCGAAGCGAUAGAACUAAAGGAGUCAGAAACUGCUCAAUACCUUUUUGACGUAAUCUAUUCGUAUUUCGAACGCUCAGGAUUGCUUAACGAGUAUACAUGGAAUCUUGUAGCAGUGGCAACUGAUGGGGCCAGUGUAAUGAGUGGUUCGGUAGGAGGACUUCGCGGCUUACUCAAUCGAAAUGUGUCACAGUCACGCAAGGAUAGUAUGAUGAGCCGAGGUGCUACACGUGCUGAGUUAGACGCUGUCCCCGAAGAGCCAGUGAUCUGGAUACAUUGCAUGGCUCACAAGAUUGAGCUCGCGUUGAAAGACGCAUUUACUGGUGGAGGAGAUCAGAAUCUCGCACAAUGGAGGAAGUUCGCAACGAUGUUUCUCAACAAGCUUCGAGUUUUUUUCACAGCUCCUUCACGACGACGAGUGCUACUCGCAGCGCACAGUACCAUGUCCACGGAGCACUUCAUCAACCUGAAACGGGUUAUUACCGUACGCUGGGCUUCAUCAGAAGAAGUUGCCAUACGCAGUUUCUUGAGAAUGUACAAGUAUGUUUGGGUGGCUCUACAGGAAAUAUUCCUAUCCGGUAAUUUUGCUCGAAAAGAUCGUCUAAAAGCAGCAGCGUUCCUGCACGUGAUAAAGUCCUUGAAGUUCUAUAGAUACAUGGUUUUCCAGCUUAUAGUCUUGGAAGGCAUUGCGAGACUGUCGAAAGACGCGCAGAAUGAAGCAUAUACUAUAUGGAGAGCUCGAAGGGACGUUGAUGAGUUACUCAACAACUUGGUUACGGUUGCUCACUCUCCUCACACUAACGAAAAUACGCUGCCAUUUAUUGAAGCCGUAUCUUGGAGAUACGCCUCUUCGAUAGGGGAAUGGCGGAGUGCUAGUUUGGCGUCCGGAAGAAGAUGGUUUUGGGAUGGAUGGCAAUACUCCGGAGAAGCAACUGAGCGUAUUAGGUAUAGAUUAGGAGACGAGGCACUCGCGCUGGAAUUCAACAUGGAAGCCGAAGUACAGCGAGGACGAGAGCAACAGCGAGAGCGCGACCUAGAAGAACAGCGCAUAGCAGAAAUUACUAGAAUGCUUCGAGACGAACGAGCUAGUCUGAUACAAUAUCUCUCCAAUCCUACGGAAGCUGAGGAUUUCGACGAAGACGACUCUAGAAGAUCCAUUGGUGAUCUUCAAGUUGCCGAAGAAUUCAAAGCUGCUCAGUUUACCAACAUGGAUUUAGAAAAAAGGAAUAAAUUGGUGGAUGAUGUAGCUGAGGCUCUGAGGUCGCGCUUA